CAUAGGUUGGCAGCUGAAGCUCCAUUUGACUCCUACCCUAGGAACUUCCAUAUGCCAUGGGUAUGGCCCAAAAAAAGAGAGAGGAAAAAAAAAAAAGAAUUGUUCUGGAUAAAUUUGAGAUGUAAUGUAUUUACAGGGGUGAUUAUAAGGCAGGCAGUUGGAUAUAUGAGUUUUUUAGUUCAGGAGGAGAUAAAAAUUUAGUAGUCAUCAGAGUGUGGAUUCUUUUUUAUGGAGUUGAUGGGAAAAUAAAUUUUUGUGUCUUUACUUGAAUGAUAGAUGAAAGUAUUUUUGAAUUUUUACUUUGAGACUUAAGGAGCUAUAAUGUAAUUUUGAAAACUUAGGCACAGUUGAAAAUAUGUUAAAGCAAUUUGAUUUAAGACAUAUGGCAAGGAAUUCUCUGGUGGCCUAACAUUGGAGAUUCAUCAAUGUCACUGCUGUGGCUGGGCUGACUGCUGUGAUACAGGUUCAGUUUGGUACAUGCCAUGGGAGUAACCAAAAAAAAAGAUAUGGUAAUUAAAAUGUGAAUAUUAAGUCUGGUUAAGUUAAAAAUUACAUCUAGGUUGAAGACAGAACUAUUCUCUCCGAAGGUAAAACUAAAGUCUUUGUAGACUGAAAGCACAGACAUAUAAAAUGAAAGGAUGGAGAUCCUAUGGCACUGAGGACUUGUCACGAUUUGCGCUACUUCUGUGUUUAGUAUUUUUCUCUUUUCUGUCCUCUUUGAAACUGGACAUUGUUCUCCUCUACUAGUAGCUUGGCCACAUGGGUGAAUAGCACCCUUAAAAACUAUUUAGCAAGCUUUUAAGAGACCAGGCUUUGGAACCAAAUGGUCCUGAGUUAGAUUCUUACCUCUAAGAAUAACUUAGGCAAGGCAAUCUCUGAACCUCAGGUUUUCCCAUUUCUAAAACAAGAAUCAUAACCUACUUUCUGUGAAAAUUAGAAAUUAGAGUAGAAAUUCUAGUACUGUUCAUUUGUAUUUUUUCUGAGUACUGAUGAGGUUGAGUAUCUUUUCAUAAGGUUAUUGACCAUUUAUAUUUCUUCUGUGAAAUGACAUCAUCUUUUGCUUAUUGCUCUGUUGGCAAAUAUAUGGAGUAAAUAAUAGUGAAAAGUCAACAGGAAACCUCAAAGUACCUUUCAUUAUGAGAACAUGUACUUUCAUUUUGACGAGGUCUAUAAUUUGUAUACUUUGACUCAGACCUAUAAAUUCCUUUUAAAUUGACAGAAACCUAAAAAUAAAAUGAAGCAGUGACAGUAAUAAAGUAUUGAGUUGCUGUGGUAGCAAACAGUGAGGAUACUCAACACCUGACGCCAGGAAAAAUGAGUCAGCGCCAAGGGAAAGAAGCUUUCCCAACACCAACCAAAGACUUGUAUCAGCCAUCAUUUAGUCCAGCAAGUCCUCAUACCCAAGGUUUUGAAAGAGGAAAGGAAGACAUUUCUCAAAAUAAAGAUGAAUCUUCAGUUUCUAUGUCAAAGAGCAAGUCUGAAUCUAAACUUUAUAAUGGCUCGGAGAAGGAUAAUUCAGCUUCAAGCAAGCUCACAAAAAAAGAAUCUCUCAAGGUACAGAAGAAAAAUUACCGAGAAGAAAAGAAGAGAGCCACAAAGGAGUUACUCAGUACAAUCACAGAUCCUUCUGUUAUCGUUAUGGCUGACUGGUUGAAGAUUCGUGGUACUCUAAAGAGCUGGACCAAACUGUGGUGUGUGUUGAAACCCGGGGUGCUACUGAUCUAUAAAACCCAAAAAAAUGGUCAAUGGGUAGGAACAGUCCUUCUGAAUGCCUGUGAGAUCAUUGAGCGUCCAUCAAAAAAAGAUGGCUUUUGUUUUAAACUCUUCCAUCCUUUGGAGCAGUCUAUUUGGGCGGUGAAGGGUCCAAAAGGUGAAGCAGUUGGAUCUAUAACUCAGCCCUUACCUAGCAGUUAUUUAAUCAUCCGAGCCACUUCAGAGUCAGAUGGAAGGUGCUGGAUGGAUGCUUUGGAGUUGGCUUUGAAAUGUUCUAGUCUUCUUAAACGUACAAUGAUCAGGGAAGGAAAGGAACAUGACUUGAGCAUCUCAUCAGACAGCACACAUGUGACUUUGUAUGGCUUAUUACGUGCUAACAAUCUCCACAGUGGUGACAACUUCCAGUUAAAUGAUAGUGAAAUUGAACGACAGCACUUUAAGGACCAAGAUAUGUAUUCUGAUAAAUCUGAUAAAGAAAAUGAUCAAGAGCAUGAUGAGUCUGACAAUGAGGGAAUGGGGAAAAGUGAAGAAAGUGACACAGAUACAUCAGAAAGGCAGGAUGACUCAUAUAUUGAACCUGAGCCUGUUGAGCCUUUAAAGGAGACUACCUACACUGAACAAAGCCAUGAAGAACUUGGAGAGGCAGGUGAGGCUUCUCAAACAGAAACUGUCUCUGAAGAAAACAAAAGCCUUAUAUGGACUCUGCUGAAACAAGUACGUCCUGGCAUGGACCUGUCCAGGGUGGUUCUGCCUACCUUUAUUUUGGAACCUCGUUCUUUCCUGGAUAAACUUUCAGAUUACUACUAUCAUGCAGAUUUCCUAUCUGAGGCUGCUCUUGAAGAAAAUCCUUAUUUCCGUUUGAAGAAAGUAGUAAAAUGGUAUUUGUCAGGAUUCUAUAAAAAGCCAAAGGGACUGAAGAAACCUUACAAUCCUAUACUUGGUGAGACUUUCCGUUGUUUGUGGAUUCAUCCCAGAACAAACAGCAAAACUUUCUAUAUUGCUGAACAGGUGUCUCAUCAUCCACCAAUAUCUGCCUUUUAUGUUAGUAACCGAAAAGAUGGAUUUUGCCUUAGUGGUAGUAUCCUGGCUAAGUCCAAGUUCUAUGGAAACUCAUUAUCUGCAAUAUUAGAAGGAGAAGCACGGUUAACUUUCUUGAAUAGAGGUGAAGAUUAUGUAAUGACAAUGCCAUAUGCUCAUUGUAAAGGAAUUCUUUAUGGCACAAUGACACUGGAGCUUGGUGGAACAGUCAAUAUUACAUGUCAAAAAACUGGAUACAGUGCAAUACUUGAAUUCAAACUAAAGCCAUUUCUAGGUAGUAGUGACUGUGUUAAUCAAAUAUCAGGGAAAUUAAAAUUAGGAAAAGAAGUACUAGCUACUUUGGAAGGACACUGGGAUAGUGAAGUUUUUAUUAAUGACAAAAAGACUGAUAAUUCAGAGGUUUUCUGGAAUCCAACACCAGACAUUAAGCAGUGGAGAUUAAUAAGGCACACUGUAAAAUUUGAAGAGCAGGGAGAUUUUGAAUCAGAGAAACUCUGGCAUCGGGUAACUCGAGCCAUAAAUGCCAAAGACCAAACAGAAGCUACACAAGAAAAGUAUGUCUUAGAAGAAGCUCAAAGACAAGCUGCCAGAGAUCGGAAAACAAAAAAUGAAGAGUGGACUUGCAAGUUAUUUGAACUUGACCCACUCACAGGAGAAUGGCAUUACAAGUUUGCAGAUACUCGACCAUGGGACCCACUUAAUGAUAUGAUACAAUUUGAAAAAGAUGGUGUUAUCCAGACCAAAGUAAAACAUCGCACUCCAAUGGUUAGUGUCCCCAAAAUGAAACAUAAGCCAACCAGGCAACAGAAAAAAGUGGCAAAAGGCUAUUCCUCCCCAGAACCUGAUAUCCAGGACUCAUCUGGAAGUGAAGCUCAAUCAGUGAAACCAAGUGCAAGAAGAAAGAAAGGGAUAGAACUGGGAGACAUUCAAACUUCCAUUGAAUCUAUAAAACAAACACAGGAAGAAAUUAAAAGAAAUAUUAUGGCUCUUCGAAAUCAUUUAAUUUCAAGCACACCUGCCACGGAUUAUUUUCUGCAACAAAAAGACUACUUCAUCAUUUUCCUCUUGAUUUUGCUUCAAGUCAUAAUAAACUUCAUGUUUAAGUAGAAGUUCUUUACAGUUGGGUCUAUGAACUGCAGUGAUCAGAUUUGGCCUGGGACCAGUGUCGAAGUUGGUUUGGUCUUUAUUAAAACAUCACAAUAUUUCUAAAACAGAAAACCUUAGAGAUAACUGUAGAAGUGUUGACUUUUCAUACCUUUUAUCCUUAAACUGAAGCAAGAGCUAUUCUUUUUGGUUAUUCAAGUGAGCUAUGUGUUAAGUGCCAGAACAUUUCUAGCUUUUGUGAGAAUGUGCCUACAUGUGAGUAUAAUAAAUCCACAUGUAUACACAGUUGUCUUAUGUAUACCUUAUAGUAGUCCUUGUAGUCCGUAGUAUGUUCAUGUUCUGAAAUAUAUAGCAGUAAUAUUGUUCAUAACAAAAAUGCUGUCAAUCUUGUAAGUAUACCUAUAGAAAUCUAUUUCUUCAUAAAGCAGGCACAAAACUUUUAUCAGUAAGGAGUUAGAGUGGAAAAUGAUGAGAUAAUAGACAUAAAUAGUUCAAUACACUGUACUAUUAAAAAAAAAAUCAUUUCCAAAUCAUUCAGCUUAAUUGUCUUCUUAGAAACAGGAGAAAAAAAAAGUGGUCAAAAUUGAGACACAAGAUGGCAAAUUGCUUUUUUUUUUUUAAAGUUUACACAAGAUUUUUUUAACCCCUGGAAUUUAAUAUUUAUAGAUACAAGUAUAAAUAUAUGUAUGUGUAUAUGUCAACAGCAAAAAACUGGUGUGCAGCUACUUGGAUCUAUUGAUUAUAUCUUCCUUAUCAUAACUAUAUAAUAUCCCUUUAGCACUUGCUGAGAAAAGUGUGGUCAAACAUGAUAGCUGUCUUUUUUCUUAAAUUUUUUUUAAAUUCUCUUGGUCCAAUAACAUUGGCCAAAUUCACAAAAUGUUUAUAGGGCAUAUUAAGUGCUGAUAUUAUUUUUCAUUAUGAAAAACUUAUUUUAGCUUUCAUUUAGAUCCUAGUGUGUUCAGUGAAAAAGUAGAAUAGAAAAAAUAUAUGUAAUCAAUAUUUGACUUCAAAAGCCAAAUAAGAGAAGGGCAAUAAGAAAAGAUACUUCACGUGGUGGUAUUUAUGUGUACAUUAAAAUUGGUUUCUUUAAAAUGUGCAAUAAGUUGAGCAUCAAGAAGAUCAGCAAGUUCUGAAUUUUAAUUCUCCGUUAUCCUCCUCUGUUCUUAGCAACUGCAGUCUGUGGCAAAAACCACAGUUCCUCAAGAUUCCUUUUUCAGGCUCAGGAGAACCUUUUUCCUAAAUAUUUUUUUGAGUUUAAUAUUUUUACUUUCUGUAUCUUAGAAUUCUAAAGGUAGAUUCUGAAAUGAAAAUGGAAGUCAGAAAGAAUAAUUGCUCUGACUACGUAUGCCUUUGACUGAAAAGAGACUGUGAGACACUAGCAAAUUACAAUCAAUUUUAUCCCAUAGUAAGUAUAAAAUCAAGGAAUGAUUGAUAAUUUAUGAAAAUCGAAAGUGAUACUGGACUUCCCAUCAUGGCGCAGUGGAAACGAAUCUGGCUGGGAACCAUGAGGUUGAGGGUUCAAUCCCUGGUCUCUCUCAGUGUCUAGUGGGUUAAGUAUCUGGCGUUGCCAUGAGCUGUGGUGUAGGUGGCAGACACAGCUCGGAUCCUGUGUUGCUGUGGCUGUGAUGUAGGCUGGCAGCUGUAGCUCUGAUUUGACCCCUAGCCUGGGAACCUCUAUAUGCCAUGAGUGCAGCCCUAAAAAGACUAAAAAAGACAAAAGAAAAAAAAAAUGAUAUUAAGAGCCUGCUUUUUACCUCCUAACCAAUAUAACCAUAUGUUUUAUGAAGAAGCAUUUUCCUUGUAUUUUUGGCAAAACAAUGCUGUAUUCCAUGUAUAUGUGUGAAAAUAUUUUUAAAUUGAUUAUACGUAAAUAAAAUAUACCAAUAUAAGUAUAGGUAUAAUAUGACUACACUAGAACAGAUGGGCUUUUUGUUUGUAUUUCAUACUUGUUGAUAUGAUUUUUGUACUCAAUUUCUGUUACCAAUAUUAUGCUCAACUGCCUACUCAUUGAUAUAUAUUUUGUAAAUAUUGUACAACUUGAUCUUUUUUAUGGUUUAAAUUUAGUAUUAAUUUAUUUAAGUUGAUUGGCUGAUCAUAAAAAUAAUUUCACUGUUAAACCAUGAAAACUUAUAUAUAUAUAUUUUUUUGGUGACUCCCCUUUGGGUCUUUAGUCUUAUCCACUUGUAUGUUACUUUUCAUUUGGUCUAAGUAUCAUUUUAUUUGUAUGGUUAUCUUCUAAGACUAGAGUGGUAGUUAUUUUCUUUAUUUUUUAAUUUUCUUUUUAGGGCAGACGUUAUGGGUUCUUAUUACCCAGGGAGUCAAAAACUAUUUCAUGAGAAAGCGCAGAGUUACUCAUGACUGUUUCUUAUACACUAAAAGCAUAUAUCUAAUCUUCUUCUAGUCUUCUUCUGCUUUUAGUUGUAUGAGUUCUUUUCUGUGAACUGAACACAAAACUCAGGAAUUGGUUGCUUAGUUUUAGAUCAGGACUUACUAGGGUUAGUAUGUGAAUCCUUCAAAACACAUAAUUAACUUUGUAUUUAGCCACAUGUGUAAUUGACUCUGAAAGUUCUCCACCGAAAUUAAUCUUCCUUCACACAUGGAUUCAUAGAAAUUGUGAUAGUUCCCAACUGUCUGAGAGCCUCAUGAUGAUUUCUAAGAUUUAAGACCUAUGACCAGUUUUUUUCAGCUGCUCAAAAAUUUUAUUUUUUCACUUGAAAAUUUAAAUGAGUAACAAUUUUUGACAUGUGCAUUUCUGUUUUAGUUGUUAACUAUGCCUUCAGUUAUCCACCCUUUAGUGAGAUAUAGCUGGCUGAGGAAGACAAUAAAUAGGGCACAUGAAAUGUGUCAGCAAUAGAUAUUUUACUUGUAUUUUAUGUCAGUACUCUUUUUAUUACUUAUAAAGGUACAGUGUAAUCUUUGUCACCAUUCCAUUGAAAAAGUUGGCCUUGUAAAAAUACAACCCUCAUUUAGUAUUCAUGCUUUUGUGCCUUUAAGAAAAUACUUUUUGUUAUUUUUGUGUUACAGAACUAUAAUAUGAUUCAAAGUGUUUAUAGGCUUGUCAUAAAAGGGUCAUUUCUAUAGGCUUAAUUGUCCUAAAAGGGUCAUUUCUCUGUGUCACUUUAUUUCCUUUUAUAUAGCUAUAGUAUAUUUAAACAGUAAUGCUGUACUUUUAUAAGGGUUUGUCUAUUUACCUAUCUCAAAUAUAUUCUUCACUUUCAGACAUCGUUGAAGUAGACUUGUCAGAUUAUUCUGAGUAUUGUAAACAGUGCCUUUUCAAUGGAAUUCACACUGUUUUAGGGUGUCAACUCGUGCCAUAAACACAAAAUUAUGUGGAAGGCAGUUUUAACUUUUUGAAGAAUAUCUUAGUCAAAUAUUUAAGGAAACAAAAGUAUAAAAUUCUGUUUUUUCCAUUGUUUAGCAUUUCUAGUGAGCAAUGAAUACAUUUGGAAGACUUUUUUGUUUGACAUAGUGAUAAUGGCAUGAUGAUGAGCCAUUUAUGACUCUGCAGAUUAUUUUGAAUUAUGUUAAAUGUAUAGAAAUAAAAUAUUAUUAGCAUUUAUACCAAAUUUUCCAAUUUGAACCAUUGGUGGAAGGGGGAGGGAGGAUCCCCACACAAAUCACUAAGCUUACAUUUCCACUUAUUUGACUGUGUGAUAAAGAGGUUCUUUAAAAUGUAUAACCUGCCACUUUUAUGUAAUUUGGUUUCAUUUUGUUCACCUACCGUGUAAAUUUAGUAUAUUUAACUUACUUUUUGUUACUCUUAACAUAUUGUUGGCUUUGUUACAGUUUUUAAUUGAAGAUGGACUGUUAAAAUUGUAUAGGACCAGUGUCUCCUUAAUAUGAUUAACAUAUUUAGAAGAGCCACAAGAAACCCAUGACAAAAUGAAUGUGAAUAUACUUUCUAAAAUAUUUAGAAGAUUUCUUUCCACAUUUAUCAUGUAAAAUUACUUUAGUAUUACAUACAAUAUUGAAAUUUAUUUAAAGAAAAAAAUGCCAUGAAACAUUUGAACUGAUGAGCAACAGAACGUCAGUUGAAAAUUUUCACUUUUUAGCAUGCUGACUGUAAAUCUAAGUUAAAUAUCCUAUUUAAAGGCCAUUUAUAAAUUCAAACACUACCACUGGUCAGUUUUAUAAAAUAGAAUAAAAUAUGUUAUCUGCGGUGUAAGUACAGCACACUGUCAAAUUCUUUUCCUUAAGGUGCACAGUAAAUGUACAGAUAGUCAUAGGCAACUGUUUUGUAAUGUAUUAACUACAUUUUUAAUCUGUUAUUCCUAAUCUAUUGUUUGCAGAGAUAAAACAAUUGAAUUUUUCUAAUCUGUAAGAUGAUGCUAACUUCAACAAGUAGGCAUUCUAAAUAAAAUUUUU